AUGCCCAUAAAUGCUGCUACCUCCGCACUUAACCUUUCCUUUUCACCAGCAACUACAACCGGUUUUGUCAUUCCUCAAAGUCGGUCUUUUACUGUCACCGUAAACCCGGUAGUACUUUUUUCUAUUCUUGACCACUACUUACGUAGGCAAGAGAAUCAAGAUCGAGUUAUAGGUACUUUGCUGGGAGUGAGAAGUGAAGAUGGUAGUGAGGUCGAAGUGCGAAACUGUUUUCCCGUUCCACAUAAUGAAACACAAGAUCAGGUGGCAGUAGAUAUGGAAUAUCAUCACAACAUGUUUGAACUACAUAAAAAAGUAAAUCCAAAGGAACUCAUUGUUGGAUGGUACGCAACAGGCGCUAAUUUAAAUCAAUGGAAUGCUCUUAUCCAAGAUUUCUAUUCUAAAGCUGUGUUGCCGUUUCAAGCUAUUCAUUUGACAAUGGACACUGCUUUGAAAAACGAUGAAAAGCUGUUGGGUGUGAAAACAUAUGUAAGUGCGCCUAUUGGAAUUUCGGGUAAACCAGAGAAUUGUUUGUUCCUUCCAGUUCCAUGUGACGUUAAAUAUUUUAACGCUGAACGGAGUGGACUUGAUCUACUCGCAUCAGCAAUGAACGAGCCAAGUCGAACAACUUCGUUAAUUUCUGAUAUGGAUAAUCUCGAGAAAGCCAUCUUGACAGUACAAGAAAUGCUGGAAAGAGUUGCGGACUAUGUGAAUAAAGUUCUGGAGGGAAGUGUACCAGCAAAUAAUACAAUUGGUCGUUUUCUGAUGGAUACGAUUUCAGUAGUUCCAAAAAUUGAUAAAGCGGAAUUUGAAAAAAUGUUUAACAGUCAUUUACAAGACUUGCUCAUGGUCGUCUACCUUGCAAAUAUGACACGCACACAACUUGCGAUCGCAGAGAGACUGCAACUUUUAGUUUGA